AUGCGGACCCUCCCUUGGGUGCUCCCAAACAAUCCGUCCUUUCGUGGUCGAACCCAUGCCUGGAAGGUUGAUGUGAGGUAUGGAUCUAUUUGGUUACCCCCGGACGACUGUUGCGAUGAGGAAGAUUUCCUGGGCGCGGGAGUCUCGUUGGUUCCUCUGGGGCAGCUUCGUGUGGUCUCAGCCUGGUUUGGGGAUGCGAACGAUCCCGAGAUGCGGAAGGAUAUAACCAAGGAGGUUUCCGCAGAGCACCUUGUGGCUGCUUCGCAGCGCGCACGCCUGGAGAUCCCGGCAGUAGCCAGGCGUUGGGGUGACCCUGCCAGUUUCCGACUGAAACAGCUGGAGGUGGACGGAGCCAGUGACGGAGUGCGGAUAGAGAACUCCACCUGUGGCCGUAGAUUCGCAAUAUCCGCUGCAACACCUAGGCCUUACCAUGGAGCUAUGGCUUCCCCUGGGGAUAUGGUGCUGGUGCCAGUCAUGCAACUAAGGUUUACGCACGAUAAGAUCCGGCCAAUCUUCCGCAAGGGGAAACACCGUGGCCAACCGCUCUACGAACUCGUCAAUGACCUGUUUCGAGGCGUUGUGAACCCCGCUGUCAAUUUGCCGCCCUUAGAGAUAUACUUUCACAAAGGAGUCUGGCGGUCUUUGAACAAUCGCCGGCUGUGGGCCUUGAAAGCCUACAUGGGAUUGUCAGGCAACUUUCAACUGAUGGUGAGAGCCUUCAUCUCCACGUCUUCUCCGGCUGCCUUUCGCGAGAAGAACACGACCCACACUGAGGGGCUCUCGGUGGAGGUGAACGGCGACGAAGUCGCGUUGCAG